AUGCUCAAAUUCAAGAACAAGUUCAAGUUCGGGUCAUCGGAUAAGGACACCCAGCUUCCAGCAACCUCUGCAUCGACAAAGCUGUCUACUCCGGGGCUGACCACUGCGUCUUUGCCUGAAUUGUCAACUCUUUCAAUCAAUGAAUCUACAGACGCCAAUUCUAGUAUUCCCACGCCAACAACGACAGAGUCGGCUGCAGAGUUGCCUCUGCCUGCUGACCUGACGCAGCCGGCUGUGCUUGCUACCAAUCCCGGUGUGCUUAUCGUGAAACUCUAUAGAUCUAAGAACGUUAUGCUCCCCAUAAGCGUCAACAACGAUAAACAGAUCUUGCAGGCAUUGGCACAGAACACCAAUGAUCCCAAGCUGUCGGCGUUGCUUUCCGACCGCUUGAACCAGCUCUACUUGAAUGACCAGUCGUUUGAUCUUUUACCUGGCCCAAUCGCGUCUUCGUAUAUUCCGGCUAACAUUGAGAUCCCUAACAGCACCGGCGAGCGGGUCGUCAAACCUCUACUAUUUAUGACAGUUGAGUUUGACAACAACAUGAUUCUUGUGGAGUCUCGCAAGGGAACUGUUGAUGCGUGUCAAUGGGACAGAGUGAUGACUUUUGAUGUCACCAAGAUGCUGGCCCAUUCUCACACCAGCUCCAACUUCUUGAACAUUAAUUUGUAUCUCCGUUUGCCAAAUAGAUUAGUGCCUACAUCUGAGAGAGAUAGUAAGGCUGACAUGUUCACCCGGGGUACUUCUAACACCUUCGGAGACUUGCAGAUUGGCCAAAUCAAAUUGCCUAUGAACUUAAGGUGCCACUCAAAGCCUAUACGUUUGCUUGAUCACAAGGAUCUUUCUUUCAAAACAAACUUAGAGGCUGGUGACUCUGUUGGUGAGAUCUCAGUUUCGAUCGACUUCAAGCCGCUGCUCAAGAGCCAUCUCUCUAUUGAGGACUUCGACUUGUUGAAAGUUAUUGGUAAAGGAUCUUUCGGAAAGGUCAUGCAAGUGAUGAAAAAGGAUACAAAGCAAAUUUAUGCAUUAAAGACAUUGAGAAAGCAACACAUUGUGUCUAGGAUGGAAGUUACACAUACUUUAGCCGAGCGUACGGUCUUGGCUCGCAUUAACAACCCUUUUGUGGUUCCUCUUAAAUUUUCAUUCCAGUCACCAGAAAAACUCUACCUUGUCCUCUCGUUCAUUAAUGGUGGAGAGUUGUUUUAUCAUUUACAAAAGUCACGUACAUUCUCGAUGGACAGAGCAAGAUUCUAUACGGCAGAAUUGCUUUCUGCCCUCGAAAGCUUGCACGAGCUCAAUGUUAUUUAUCGUGACUUGAAGCCAGAGAACAUUUUGAUUGACUACCAGGGGCAUAUUGCCUUGUGUGAUUUUGGGUUGUGCAAGCUCAAUAUGAGCAAUGAGGACAAAACGAACACAUUCUGUGGAACUCCAGAAUAUUUGGCUCCCGAAUUGCUAUUGAAUCAGGGUUACACAAGAAGUGUGGACUGGUGGACUCUUGGAACGUUGCUUUAUGAGAUGUUGACAGGAUUACCUCCAUUUUAUGAUGAGUCAGCACCAGUCAUGUACAAAAAGAUUUUAGAGGACACAUUGGCAUUUCCAUCGUUCUUAGAAGGGACAGAAGCACAAGAUUUAUUGAUCCAAUUACUUCAGAAAGAUCCAGCCAAGAGAUUAGAUGAUGCUCAACUAAUAAAGAAUCACAACUUUUUCAGAGACAUUGACUGGAUCAAGUUGGUUGAAAAAGCUUAUGUUCCCCCUUUCAAGCCAAAUGUGAAUGGAUUCCUUGAUACUUCGAAUUUUGAUCAAGAUUUCACAAGCGAGCGUCCUCAAGACUCUGUUGUGGAUGACUUCUUGAGUGAAUCUGUGCAAAAGCAAUUUGGUGGUUGGACUUACAAUGGAGAAACAGUGCUUUAG